AUGAAAUUUGUGAGCUGUCUACCGGUCUCAGAUGCUGCUGUGGAACACGAAGAAGUCGAUGAGGUAGUUUUAUGCGAAUCCCAUUUCUCGCAAGACAAUUUUCCAUCAUCCGCUGAUGCUAUAGAGAACCUAACCAUAGAAUGGUUGGUGCUUAGCGAAGGAAGUGAAAUCCAUCAGAGGCACAAUUGCCGUUUGUAUGAUCUACAAGUCUUCACGGAUGCUAGUGAGACGAAAUACAUUUGGUACGAGUUGCUUAGACAACUAACCAGCCACAAGGUUUACAACCCUGAUAUGGAACAAAAAGUUAGAUAUACACGAUGGAUUUGUAAUGCGCCUGAAGGAGGUGAAUGGAGCCUAUGUAUGGAACUGAAAUCGGGUGGAAUUGUCAGGAAAAUUGCUCAAUUACAACUAACACCAGCAUCUCAUUGCGAAUUGAACCUUUUCCAAAUGGCAAAUACACUAUUUCAAGAGUGCUGUGCGUGUAAUGAUAAAAUGGCACAAAUUAAGUCUCAAACAGAUACCAUAGAGCGUCAUCUCAAUGACUUGCAAGAGGAAAGGAAACUCUUGGAUCAAUUGUUGGAAAAAAGGGAUACCAAAACGAGAUCUGUUGUCGUUGGUCUAUUGAAUGAGAAAAAAAGGAAGAUAGCAGAAUUACAACGACAGUUGAAGGAUCAAGGACCUCAGGAUGCUGAACUAAUUAAUCGUUACGUUACAGACCCCGUCAGGGGGCACAUUUCGCCAGGAAGAAGGAGAAAACGUCUUGACAAUCAUAAUAGUGAUACAAGAAGGAACCCGAGACUAGCGCCACCUCCAAAGAAACUGCGAGUCAAGAAAGAAGAGUCAGGAUCGGAACCAGAACCAGAACCAGAAGGAAAACAGGAAUUCAAGUUUUUGGGAAUUAAGAAACAAGACAAUCCCGUAAAACAAGAGGAUGAAGAACUGCCAGACCCAUCGACAAGCUCUACGAAUGAGAGUACGAGCCAUACGGAAAACAGUACAGACGAAGGUGAGAACGGAGACGAAGACGAAGAUCAAGACGAAGAUGAAGAAGAAACAGAUGUGGAAUAA